CUAAUCCUGUAAUAAUAAAUACACAUUUGGAACAAAAUGUUGCUUCCGGCUGCUCAACGUUUUGCUUUGUGCAACACCUUCCUUCUGAAGUGCACUCCGGGCCUUUCGUCCACCGCAGCUAGGGCCAUGUCCUCAGGCGCUACGCCGCCUCCUGAUGUAGACAGGAAGGGAACUGCGGACCUGACGGAUAAAUACAUGCCUGACCCUGUCGAUACUGUGUGCACGCGCUCGGUGCAAGUCGUUACGCCCAACCUUUUCAGGGACUUCGGCGGCAAGCUGCGCUUCAGUGGCCAGGCAUCCACCGUCAAGUGCUAUGAGAACAACCCUCUGGUUCGCAAGGCGCUGGAAGAGCCGGGCAACGGGAGAGUGCUUGUGGUGGACGGGGGCGGUUCGCUGCGAUGUGCUCUGCUGGGCGACAUGCUGGCUGAGAACGGUGUCAAGAACGGCUGGUCGGGCAUUUUAGUCAACGGCUGCAUCCGGGACUCGGCGGACAUUGCCAAGAUGCCGCUGGGCGUCAAGGCACUGGGCACGCACCCGCUCAAGUCAUCCAAGCGCGACCCCGGCCAGCGCGACGUGCCUGUCAGUUUCGGUGGCGUCACCGUCUCACCCGGGGACUGGGUGUAUGCGGACGGGGACGGCAUUCUGGUCUCCAAAGAGGAGCUCACGCUGUAGCGGCUCGUUCGGGGUUUCGGAGCGCAUACUCUUGACUGGAGCGUUGUGAGCAAACUGGUAUCGUGGUGCAUGCUCGUGGGCGUGCGCGCAGAUGGUAUACGGGUUUGUGUUGAAUGAAUGUGGUACGGGAUGGUUUGAAAAGAGAGGUAUUUGGUUGUGGGGUUUUCCUGUCUGUCUGUCUGUCUGUCGUUAUUUCUUUUGUUGCUUGAGCGAGUGCUCGCGCACGUUUUUCCAUAGCAGGCUGAGAUGAGUUAGGUCUUCGUGGCUUGUGGCAUGGCUUCAAGGUUUUUUAUCUGCUGCCGCGGUUUUGUUGGUGUGAGCUUGACCUGAGAGGCGUGGUGUUGCGCUGCGAGCUAUUUCUUGUUGAUGGGUGUAGUAUACCUAUAUAAUAUAUAUCUUGAGUUUUUUGCACUGUUUUGUCGUCGCUUUUUUUCUUCUCGGGAGCAGUGCAUUGUUUGGUUGUACCUCGGCCGAGGGCAUUCCGUGCAAAGAUAUCGCCCAGUACGACAUGGUGGAGGCUUUUUACGGCUGGAUUCUUCCUUCGUAGAGUUUUAACUUCAAGAGCGGCUUUUCCUCGAACUUUUCCUCGUCUUCCACG